UUCAGUGAAGGUUUUACACAAUUCCAUUAGUCACAUGAAGAGGAACUUAAAAGCACACAGUCACUCAGCUGUUAGUCAGGGUCCCAUACAGUUACACCUCCCACAAGUUCAGAUUAACCACCACCAAUGUAUCUUCCUCAUGCCACUGAUGUAAGAGUUACUUUUCCAGUAAGGAAACAAGGAAAUGAAAAGUGCAGAUCUCAAGAUCGAGCUUUCAGCUCAGAUGCACUUACCUUUCUAGGCUGGCUGAAUUGUUUUAGAAGGCUCCAUCGACAUGCAGAAAAUUCAGACAGGAUCUGCCAUUCUGGUUUUUACUACUGUGUGGCUCUCCAGAGCUGAUGUUGGAGACUUUGGGCCUUGCACAAGCUUCUUUUAUAAUGAAUGCCCACCCAAAGGCCUGGAAGGAGCAAAGAUCUGCCAGCGUUACAUGAAUAAGUACCAUUUUGCCAGCCUUUAUGACAGACAUCGCCGUAUACCUUUGUACUCUGCCUACCUCUUUAUCCCAGCAUCUGGAAAGAGACCCAAGACGCACUGGAAGUUUGAGCCCCAGCUUGCUUACACAAAGGCAGAUGGAAACAUGAUGCCCUUCCCAUCCGGUCCGAUCGAUCAAAACGUGGUGGAAAGUCAAACCGUUGAGACAGACUACACUAACUCCAGCUACACCCGAGGUCACCUGAACCCCAGCCUCCACCACAGUGAUCCCACUGAGAAAUGCUCCACCUUCACCCUCACCAACAUUGUGCCACAGAAGGAAGAGUCGAAUGAUGGACCUUGGGCUGCGCUGGAGAUGGAUGUCAACAAAAGGCUCACCAGCUACUGUGAAAAGGAAGCCUACAUAGUGACAGGGGCCAUCCCCUAUAGGAAAGACAGAUGGAUAAAGAAAGACAGAGUGGCUGUGCCUGAAUAUCUAUGGUCAGCUUACUGUUGCCCCAGCUACCGGAAGAACAUCUCCACCACCUUUACUCAAGAGUUUCCCACUUUUGCUGCUAUUGGUCGCAAUGACCCCAGCAGCACAGAAGAGAUUGUGCCCAUAGACAAAAGCAAGCCAAAAAGAAUCAGAGGUUAUGACGUGAGGCUCAUGCCCCUGAAGACACUGGAAAUGUUCCUCCAAGACAGAUUUGGCAGAGCUAUCAGCGUGUUCUACAACUGGUGCUCUCCCUGAAGCUUUUCCCAAGCCUCUAAAACACUGGUUUUCACAGCAAGAUAAUGGUCCAAUUAUUCAAGAUAAUUAUUAUGGGAUUUUUUUAUGGGUAGUUGGAACAUAGGCCUUUGGUAUUUGAAAAUGUGUACAUAUCGUAACUUGUAUGUUUAUAUUGUGUGUAGUUUAGUAUGUCUAUUGUCAUUUUUAAU